GAUCAUCAUCAUCCACUCGUUCAUCGGGUUUGAGAUUAGACGGUGGAGAAAGAGUAGAGUCUGAUUUGAGCAAUGGAGGGCAAAGAGGAGGAUGUUAGGUUGGGAGCCAACAAGUACUCGGAGAGGCAGCCGAUUGGGACGGCGGCUCAGAUCCAAGAUGAAGGAAAGGACUACAAGGAGCCACCGCCGGCUCCACUGUUCGAACCGGGCGAGCUGACCUCGUGGUCGUUUUACAGGGCUGGGAUCGCCGAGUUCGUGGCUACUUUCCUGUUUUUGUACAUAACGGUGUUGACGGUGAUGGGAGUGGUUAAGUCGAACACCAAGUGCUCGACGGUCGGGAUUCAAGGGAUCGCUUGGGCUUUUGGUGGCAUGAUCUUCGCUCUCGUCUACUGCACUGCUGGAAUUUCAGGGGGUCACAUAAACCCAGCAGUGACAUUUGGCCUGUUUUUGGCUAGGAAGCUGUCCUUGGUCAGGGCAAUUUUCUACAUAGUGAUGCAGUGCCUUGGUGCAAUCUGUGGUGCUGGUGUAGUCAAGGGCUUCAUGGGUCACACCCAGUACGGUUUACUUAAUGGUGGUGCCAACUUUGUUGCUCCUGGUUACACCAAGGGUGAUGGACUUGGUGCUGAGAUUGUUGGCACCUUUGUUCUUGUCUAUACUGUCUUCUCUGCCACCGAUGCCAAGCGCAGCGCCAGAGACUCUCACGUCCCUAUUUUGGCACCAUUGCCAAUUGGGUUCGCGGUGUUCUUGGUGCACUUGGCCACCAUCCCAAUUACCGGAACCGGUAUCAACCCUGCUAGGAGUCUUGGUGCAGCAAUCAUCUUCAACAAGGACCGUGGGUGGGAUGACCAUUGGAUUUUCUGGGUUGGUCCAUUCAUUGGUGCCGCCCUAGCAGCUCUGUACCACCAGGUUGUGAUCAGGGCCAUUCCCUUUCAGUCCAAGUGAUGAUAUUAUGAUAGAUGAUGGAUGGACCUUAUCUUUUGUUGCUGUUGCUGAAUUCCGGAUUGUUCCACUGUCUUUGUUGUCUUAUGUGUAUUUUGUAUGUAAGAAAAUGUGGGUAGCAUAUAUAUAUAUAUAUAUGUAUGUAUGUAUAUACAUGUGGUGUUGCUUGCUUCAAGAGCCUUCUUUCCUUGCUGCCUUUUUUUUUUUUGUUUAAAGGGAGGUUGUUAAUGAGCUUCUUAUCAAAAGUUUGGUAGGCUUUGUAUUUAUGUAUUUGUCAUUUGUCAUUUUCAAAUGACACCGACCCAAACCUACUCCUUUAAUUA